AUGGCAUUUUCGACCCUCAGGCGCUCACCGAGGGAACGGAGAGCCCUGAAGAAUGUAGCGCAUUUGGAUGUCCAGGAUCGCGUACCUCACCGGCCGCCUAAUGGAGAGGGCGAGUUGAUCUCUGUGGUCGCUCCGACCAGCUUUGUACGUCAUGGCUUCCACCCUCUCCUCUACGAGUGUUUCCGACACCAGGACUACGAACCCAAGCAGCUGGUGGUGGUAGACACUGGGCCUUUGCCGUCCGACUUCCUGCAGGCGAAGGCCCGCGAGGACGCGCGCGUGGUGUACCGGCACUACCAGGUCGCCGACUCGCGCAUGGACAUGCCGGAAGGAUGGAAAGAAGGCAAACCUGUCACCUUCAGCAUCGGCGACCAGAAUGUUUGGACAGAGUCCGGCUCGGAGGCAUCUGCAUCGUGGUCUCUGGGACUCAAGCGGAAUGUGGCCAUCCAGCUCGCCCAAGGCGAGAUCUUGGCCCACUUCGAUGACGACGAUCUCUAUGCCAGCGGCUACCUCACCUGGAUGAAGCAGCGCCUGGACAAGACCUUGGACAAGGCAAGAAGUGAAAAGGAGAAGAAGGAGAGGGAGGAGAAAGAGAAGCAGCCGCCCCUGCACAAAGAGUCCAGGCUCAUCCCCGUGGCCAUAACCCUUCGGGAGUGGCAUUUACUGGAUUUGUCUGAUAUGACCUUCGGGUUCAUGGACGUGGAAAGGGACCCAUUGAUCCCUCGAGAGCAAAGACAUGGCUGGCUAUACGGCUGGGGCUUCUCUUACAUGUUCACGAGAGCGUGUUGGGAGCUCGCGCCGGUGCCUGACGUGGAGUGGUCCGAGGACAUCAGCUUCUACGAGGAGUUGAGGCGUUUGCAGGUUCCAGUGGUACCAGUCCCACUGCCUCCGGGCCAUGAGGCUGUGUGUGCGCACAGCUACCACGCCAAGGUGAACACCAGCGGCGGAGAGUUCUCGGGGGCGCUGCGCUGCGGCGAGCCGGUGCCAGAACCCCCUGAAGCCUUUAAGGAACUGCUCCCGUUUGCCAAAGUGGCCACAGAAUCGGCAUUGCAACGGAGGUCAGCAGAUCUUGCCGCAGGAGAGAAACAAGGCUUUCGAGUCAGUCUCUCGGAAAAGAAGGAGUUUCUGCAGUGCCGAGGGCAGGCCUGGUUCGCGUACCAGCAGCAGAGUGCUGAACGUAAGGGCACGAUGAGGGGUCAGGCAAAGUCUAUCGCAACGUGGCCCGCAUCGCCGGCAUUGCCUUCGUGA